AUGAUUCAUCUGGAAGCCAGAGUGGAGACAAUUCCUCUGGAAGCCAGCGGGGAAUCGAUUCCUCUGGAAGCCAGAGCGGAGACAAUUCCUCUGGAAGCCAGCGGGGAAGCGAUUCAUCUGGAUGCCAGAGCGGAGACGAUUCCUCUGAGUGCAGGUAACGAAGAUCUUUUGUUCCACGAGGAUAUCGAAAGAAUUGCUCGAGAGAACAACGCUGCUAGACGCAGGGCAGAACAAAAGGCACAAGCCAGAGAGAGACAGUUAGAAGCAGAGAGACAGAGAGCAGCGGAGAGAGAGAUGGCAGAAAAUCCAGAAGGGCAGAAUGAUAACGCCAACAAAACUCUUCGAGACAUGAUGUUUCCAAGCAACCUGAACCUCCGGCCCUCAGCCAUAGUACUGCCGGAGAUCACUGGAAAUUGGGAGCUGAAGCAUACUCUUAUCCAGAUCCUACCCAAACACAGUGAUAUGCCCGGAGAGGACCCUCAAAGACAUCUCCAAGACUUUGAAAUGGCAUGUGGAACGGUGCGCACCGCUAGCCAAGCACUUGGCGAAUACAUCCGACUCCUCACUUUUCCGUUCUCUCUGUUAGAAGGAGCGAGGGAGUGGUUGUAUGAUUUACCCGAAGGAAGUAUCCGAACAUGGCAGAAGCUACAAAGCAAGUUUUUGGAGCGAUACUUUCCAGCUGCCCGGAUCCAUAAUCUGAGGACUCGAAUAAGCAAUAUAAAGAUGGGAUCAGCAGAAGUUCUAUAUGAGUACUGGGGAAGGUUCAAGCAGAUGCUGGCCAAAUGCCCACAACACCAAAUACCGGAUCAUGAUCUUAUUAGGUAUUUCGUGGGAGGACUCCGGAGGCAAGAUAGGCAAUGGUUACACGCUGCAUGUGGAGGAUCGAUCUUAAAUAAAUCCGCAGCGGAGGCUUUCAAGCUAAUAGCCGACAUGGCAGAGGAGUCGAGAGAUGAGGAAGGAACUAUAGUCAGGAACCCUCUGACGCCAGCCACCUCUGCCCAAGACGAAAAGUUGGAUAAGCUGUGCAACAUGUUCGAGAAGUUUAUGACAAACCAAGGAGCAUCCAAUCAGGGAAUUCCCAACAUUCGGAAGCCUGUGAGGGCAUGCCAACUCUGCAUGGCAACUUCACAUGCAACCGAUGAAUGUCCACAACUUUUCGAAGAUGAAGAGCUUAAUGCCAUUGGACAACAGCCAGGAGGAAACAAUGGAGGGCAGAACCAGAAACCUUUUGAGCCCUACAGACAGCAGUAUAACAAUCAAGGAUGGAGGCAGCAUGAGAACCUUAGGUACGGCAACAACCACUAUUUGGGGCCAAACCAAGGGCAAACGAGUAACCCACCACAAUACUCGCAACAACCUCAACAGGCAAGGAGAUCCUCCUUAUCAGAGCUAGUGCAUCAAAUGGCUCAGCAACAAGUGAAGUUCCAGAGUGAGACCGAAAAAUUCAUAAUGGAGACAAGAGGAGGAAUGCAGAAUGUAAACUCCCAACUAUCACAUCUUGCCCAAGCAGUUGCCAGACUUGAAAGCAAACAAGGGACACUCCCGUCCCAAGUGGAGGUGAAGAAGGUGAAUGCCAUGAUGCUCAGAGGAGGAAAGGAACUACCAGAAGUGGUGACAGAGAAAAAACGAGAAGAAUCAGAGAUUAACGAGCAAGUCGGAAUGGGAUCAGCAGAUGAGGAAGAAUUGGCCAGAGAGAAAGAGGCAAAGCGGAAGGCGAUAGGAAAAGGAAAAGAGAAAGCAAACCAGACCGAGCCCAUACUCCCUUUCCCAGGCAGAGCAGCCAAGGAACAAGAAAAAGAAUAA